GCUACAACGACACAAUCAUUAUGUUUUCUUAAUGACCGACAGUUUAGUUUAUAAAUAAAAUACACUGUUAAAGUGCCAUAAGUAGGCUGGUUUACUAAAUGACAGUUGAAUUUCUGAAUAAAAAGAAUUUUGGUGCAGUUUUUGGAAUUUUACCCGGAUACAACAAACACUAUUUUUUGAUUGGAUGUCGGUGGCUAUUUUUUUUUUAUUAUUUGGCUGGUGAGUGGUAACCUGGUGAGUGGUAAGUGGUAACCUGACUCUCACCAGAUGAAUUUCGUUGUUCGUCGUUCGUGUCUAUCACAAUAGUGGCAUGAAGGCCACUUCAUGAUGUCAGUCAUGUUUAUGUUUAUUUGCAAAUUACCUUUUUACAAAUACAGUUUGGAUGAGUAUUACAGCUUUGUUCUAAACUUUACAAUAUUACAAGUCACACAUUUGCCUGCAACUUGCAAUUGUCUUCUAGUCAAUGGAAAAGAGGAGAUAAACUGAAUGAAACAUUCUAUGAAACCAUUCUGGCGUGUAUUUGUAUGUAACACCAGUUGGCCUGUAGAUUCUCACUGACAACAAUUGUCAUGCUCCUACAUUUUCAGUUGCCUGUCAGUGACAAUGUGCAACUGGACAAUAUAACAAGGCCCAUGAUAAAGAAAAUAGUUACAGUUACAAAAUGGGUUACAGAGGACCAAAAUACCCAGACUUGACUGUAAAUCAAAUAAAUAUUACCCACAUUACCCAUAAAAAUAUACAUUAGCUGCAAGAAAUAAGCAAAAUCGAUUAAUGCAUGCUGAGAAGUAUAUGUUUAGGAAGCAGCUCAGUAGAAGAUUCCCAUUUGGAAAUCUUGCAGGUCAUCCUGGAAAUGGCACUGAUGAUUGCUAUCCGGUUGAUUAGACAGUGGAUAAAAUACCUUUUUUGUACACACACACAGACAGACACACAAACACAUUCACACCAUUUUUUGCAUAGUCACUGAGACCGCAGUGAAUCUCAGAGUAAUAACUGGUGAAACCACUGUCACAAGUUUCCACAAGACGAUCAGCAACCCUGAUGAUCAGCUACAGACUAACAGGUCUCUCAGAACUGAAUGGCGCACUACAGGUUCCCAGUGUUUUUUGAGGCCAGAGACCUGACCGACUCCGAGAAGGAGAAAAUUCAGAAGUACUUUAAAAUCAGGAGGAAGUCAGGAGGAGGUGAAUGUGGGCCAGUGGAAAAAGUAGACGAUGACACCUACAAGAUUUUAUUUCUGGAGCAAGAAGAUCAAGAAAGAGUUCUUGGCCCAAAAACGCAUGUCAUACGUCUGACUUCGGACCAACACCUUAAAAUCAAAACAAAGCAAUAUGCCAUGAACGAAAUCAAAAUCAAGCAAGUCUCUCAAAAUCAACAGGAUACUCCUGGCAAAGAUGAAGAGAAAGUGCUAGUCAUGGAAACUUACUUAACUCAGUACCUGCAGGACAGUCCGAAAGCUCGGCGGGACCUGGAUCAGUGUCUUUCCUCUCUCUGCAGAUCCUUCCGGAUCCUUCCAGAGGAGGGGAAAGUGGUGGUGAAGAGAGGAGCUGCCCAUUCUGGGCUGCCCCAGGCCAAAUGGGAGACGCAGGUGGACAAUGUGUGUUUUCAGCUGAAACAAAGGUACCGCUGCUACUUUGAGGUGGAUCCAGCAAGGGUUAAGACCCUCCAGGAGAACCCUUUCAUGUGCUCUGAAAAUCUGUGCACCUAUAAGGAACUCCGAGAAGAUCUGGCAGUGGUAGUGGGAGAGCAUGAUGCGAUAGAGAAAAUGAUCCAACGUUUAGACGCCCUUCAGGUAAAGCCACAGAUCCACCGGGAUUGUGGGAUACCAUUGAUGCAGUUCACCCUGGUGGAGGAGGAGUUUGGGAAGAAAAUUAAGGUUUCAUCCCCACACAUCAAGAUUACCAUGCAGGGAAGAGGUAGACCAGUGUUUGAGGGACCAGAGGCAGAGGUAGAGGCUGCAUGCACUACACUACAGGAGCUGGUCAAGAAGAUCCAACAAAGGAUACUCCAGUUACCUGCCCCACUCCUUGCCUUCCUCACAUCUAGUGGAGCCAUGGAAACAUACCAGACCCGGUUCCAGCAGAGCCUGAGAAGUCCAGUGAUGCUUGAGGUGGGACCAGACCUGGUUCUGUCCAGCCUUACUACAGAGGCCCUUGAGGAGGCAGCAGCAGCUUUGGAGAGAGACCUGACUGUGGAGACUGUUGUCUUGGAGCGAGCAGAAACAGAGUCACCUGGAAUGGUCACUCUUAAGGAAGUCUUAAGUCAAGCCCUGCAGCAAGCAAACCAUGGAACUAUGAAAGUACAGCUGAGCUAUGGGAAACCGUCCAAGGCAGACUAUCGGAUGCUAGUCCAGAUAGUCGGAAACAGAAAAGAAGUGGAUAGGCUAAAAGACAUUCUGCUUGACCACAAGAUAAACCAAACUAACAUCCAUUACUCUCUGAAUCUCCCCAAUGCCGUAGUGGCUGACCACCUGCAUAGAGUACUGGAGCUUCUUGGAGUACAGCAUAGUGAUCUCCAAUUGAUCCCCACUAAAUCACCAUCCCCUUGUUUGCAUUUUGCUGGACCUCGUCAACUGGUGCAAGAAUUUUAUGUGACACUGACCUCAACAUUACAGUCUCUAGUUUGUAAAGAGUACAGCAUGGAAGGGCCUGGAGUUUUGCAGUACUUCAAUGGGGAAGGGAAGAACAACAUUGCUUUACUGGAGCUCUCUCAUAAGGUCCUGAUCCUGCUGUCUGACGAGGAGAAACAAUCUGGAACAGGUUCUCAACCCACAAGCCCCAUUUCCAUCUCAAACCUCACCAUGAUGGGUAAAACAGGACCUACUCCUGCCCCAAUUCCCUCAUUACCCACAAAAGUGACAGGGGGGUCAUCUUCCACAGCACCAGGUGGAUCAUUUCUCACAGGCAAGAAAAUAAAGCUAGAAGUAGUGCUGGGGCAUCUUGAGGAUCAGCAAGUUGAUGUGUUGGUGGCCCCUAUGGUGAAAGCAAAUCUACUCAGCCUGAAGAUUGGACAAGCCCUGGCAAAGACAGGAGGAGACCAGCUGAAGCGCAAUUUCUCCCAGUCUAUAAGAUUCCAGAAGAAUGUAGAGCCAGGGGACAUUUUUCAGGUGGAGGGGACCUCUACUUUGGGAUGUCAAAAGAUAAUCUUUGUGGAAUGUUUGCCUUGGAAUGCAACAAGUGGCAGCAGUGAAAAGGCAUUGCGCUGUGGAAUGAGGCAGGCCCUAAGUCUGUGUGAGCAGUGUGCCCUCAACUCUGUGGCUUUUCCACUGAUUGGGCCUGGAGUUGUCCUGAAGACACCUGUUAAAGAGGCCGUUUCCAUCCUGACAUCUGAGAUUGGCUUGUUUGGACUGUCAGGGUUAACUGGCUCACUCUCCAACAUUCGUAUUGUCAUCCAUCCAGACUACCCAGAUUCCAAAGCGGUCUGCCGGGAUGUUUAUGGUGGAUUAAACUUACACAGGAGGGAUGGCAAAGGACAAGCUGUGUUUGGAUCCCUGACCUCUGACCUGGAAGAAGUCACACUGACAGUAGGAGGCAUACAACUUUAUCUGGUACGUGGAGACAUCACCAAUGAGACUACAGAUGCCAUAGUAAACACCACGGACUUUAACAACUUCGAUUCAGCUGUUUGUAAGAGCAUACUUUCUGUGGCGGGACCAAAAGUCAAAAAAGCUCUGAAAUCUGCUCAGGUCAACAGAGGUAAGAUCUUCACAUCACAGCCUGGCAAGUUCCCCUGCAAGGCCAUCAUGCAUGUGUGUGGAGAAAAUGACCCAGAGUUGGUUCAGGAUCUGACCAGGGACAUCCUCCUCCAUUGUGAGAGCAAAGGAUACCAAUCAGUUGCCAUUCCUGCUAUAUGUGCUGCUGCGGGAGUGGACCCAUGUAUAGUGGCAGAUGCAAUCUUCAGUGGGAUAGUGGCCGCAGUAUCCAGUUGCUCCUUCCAGCACCUUGUUACUGUCCGCCUCGUUCUGUUCAGCAUGCCGGUCUUCCAGCAGUUUCAAGCCGCUGCUGACGCCAUGUUUUGGACACCCAUUAGACUAAAAACCACUACUCCACUAAGAGCAUCCACAGCUCCAGCUCAAACGACUCAACCUGGGUCACUGUACCCAGACCUGAGCUCCCUACUGCCUUCAUCCCUCAUCCCAGCUGUCCCUCCUUCAGCCACCUUUAUAAUCUUAGGCACAUCUGUGCAGGAUGUGUCCAGUGUCUGUGCUGGUCUGCAGCAGGCCUACACAUCCCACUGCUCCCAGCAAACCCUGGCCCCAGAGGAGCUGGCUGGGCUCUCCCAUGCAGAGCUGCAGGAUCUGGUCGGCAGAGUGAACAGCCUCGGGGUGCAGCUGGAGCCGUCUGGGCCUGGCAGUGGGGCAGGGGUGGUGGUGAGGGGGCUGAAUGAGGGGGUGAAUGAGGUGAUGUACGUCAUGCAGGGGGCAUUACGCCGACAGGUGGUGGAGAGGGACCAGAGGGAGCUGUUCAACAAUGUGGUGUGGUGCAUCAUGGGACAGCGAGGAGAUUGGGAGAGGUUCCCUAAAGAGGCCAAUCAGAAGCUGGAGAAGGGUGUCACUGGAGGGGUGAUGGAUGCUCAUGGAUGCUGUUGGAAUGUAGAUCUCCGGAGGAAGCAGGCGACUGCUGUGGGUUCAGGUUAUGUGACCCUAGUCAAGCGACUACAAAACCUGCCAGAUUUUAAAGUCCCUCUGUACUGGGAUAGUCUGGUUCCCGGUGAGGCCCUACAGGUGAUCCCACUCAUCCCCCUCUGUGCCGAGUUUGAGCGUGUGAAGGCAGAUUUCAGGACCUGCAUGAGAACAAUACUCAAGAUUGAGCGUGUGCAGAACGUGCACCUGCGUCGGGCGUUUGAUGUUCAGCGGCAGCAGCUGGAGGAUAAGAACGGUGCACCUGUAGGGGCCGGGGAGAAGAUGCUCUACCACGGCACCACAACCCAGGCCUGCCAGUCCAUCAUGAAGACCGGCUUCAACCGUGGCUUUGCAGGCCAGAAUGCCACUGUAUAUGGUCUAGGAACCUACUUUGCUGUGAGUGCAAGCUACUCAGCCAAGCCCGUGUACUCCCGCCCAGAAGCAGACGGCACUCAGUGUAUGUUUGUCGCUCGAGUUCUGGCAGGUUUCUACACGUUGGGUAAGAGCCUCAUGAGGGUUCCCCCACCUGUCUCUCCUCAACAGCCUGACAUCCGCUUCGACAGCCUUGUGGAUAACCAGCAGAACCCCAGCAUGUUUGUGGUGUUCCACGACAGCCAAGCCUACCCAGACUAUCUCAUCACAUUCAAAUGAGUGUGGAACACAUAUUGUACAUGUCCCUCCCUUCACACUAAAUUUGAAUGACACUGUUUUUUUUUUGUUUUUUAAUUCAGCAACAUUUUACAGUAAUCAACAAAGAUGAACAAUUAAAGCUGAUUGGAUACAUUUUUAAACAAAUACUGGUUAGAUAUGACUGAAAGAUGUUGCUACUAAAAUUAUGCAACAAGGAUCAAAAGUUAAAAACGUAAUGUUUUAUAAAUCCCCUAAGAUUGUAUUAAUUUAAAGGAACUAUAUGCAACAUCCCUGGAAGUGUGGGCUUAUGUCCAUGACAAUACCCUUCCUUGCUUUGCCUUGCUGUUUUCUGUACAGUGACUCACUGGUGCCUCUUGUUGUACAAAGUGGCACAAUGCGAGUACACAGCUGAGCUUGCUGGUUAGCAUGCUACUUCAUUAUCUGUGCAACAGCUUACACAUUAUAAAAAAAGGUUAUUUCUUCACUUCAUGCUACUAUUUCUACAUUAUUGUGUUAUGUUAUGUAUCAUUUCGUCAUGUUUUAUGUUACAAUUCUUACAUAAUUGUCUGUAAAGAUAAUACAGUGCUGCUUGACAGUUUGUGAACCUUCAGACAUGGUCAUUUGUUUUUUUACAAAAAACAAAAAUCAAAAUAACCUUAUUUAAUGCACAUUUAAACCCCAAUUUGUAAGGCUGGCUUUCCAAAUAAUAGACAGAAACAAAAUAAAGUUAUAUAGUUUCAUUAUAUAUUCACAAAAGUGGUUUAGUUCACAAAAACUCUGCAAAAGUAUGUGAAAUGUAGUUAAUUUCUUGUAGCACCUCCUUUUGCAAACAAACGUCUUCUGUUCCCAUUAACCAGUGUCUCACAUCUGGUUCUGCAUUUUUUGCCUACUCCUCCUUGCAGAACUCAGCCAGUUGAGAUACAUUUGUGGGACAACUGGCAUGUACUGCCCACUUCAGAUCUAGCCAAAACAAUUCUAGUGAAUUAUCUGAACUUUGACUAGGCCAAUUCAGAAUAUGAAUUGUCUUUAUCUUAAGCCAUUCCUUGGUAAUUUUGCUUGAAUGGUUAUAGGGUCAUUAUCCUGUUGUAAAAUCUAUUUCCUCCCUAGCUUCAUCUCCGUGACUGACAUGAGGUUCAGAUCAAGAAUUUGCUGAUAGACCUGAGAAUUCAUGGUUUUCUGGAUGAUAUGAUAUUGUCCAGGCAUAACAACAAAUCC